GCAGCGCUGGCCCGGCCCCGCUGUUUGCUCAAGCAGGAGUGGUUUGCUCUCGGGUUCACCUUGACUCGGAGCAACGGGGCGGCAGCAGGUGCGGGGCCCCGCGCUGUCCCCGGGGUCCCCCAGGCCGCUGAGUGGGGCAGGAGGCGCAGGUGCCCCGCAGCCAUGGCCGAGAGCCACAGCUGGUGGAAGCUGACCUUCCUGCGGAAGCGCAAGUCCAUGCCCAAGGUGCUGUACGACAGCCCCGACGUCCACGCCGGCGACGGCCCCGAGGGUUCGGCCGAGGAGGGGACGCCCGACUUCGCCGCCCGCCUGGAGAAGAUCGUGGACAAGAGCACCAAGGGGAAGCACGUCAAGGUGUCCAACUCCGGCCGCUUCAAGGAGAAGAAGAAAGUGAGGCCCACGCUGGCCGAGAACCCCGGGCUCUGCGCAGACAGCGAGCGGGAGGAGAAAUGAGGCUGGGAGGGGGCACGGGGCCGGCGGGUUGGGGCCCUCCUGCCCCCCCAUGGGCCCCCGGCGUUGCCCCGUUGGGAUCCCACGACAUGAUGGAGCAGGGGGGCUCGUCGCAGGGCUGGCUGCCCCCCCCCUCCAAUGGCACUUUGUUAGGCAAACAGACUCAGAUAGGACUUUAUUUAAGGAAAAAGCAAGAAUCCUAUUUAAACUCAGCCCCGGCGGGCACUGGCCGAUGACAAAGGGGGAACGGAUGGGGCAGGGCGUGCUGCAGGGCACGGCCCCCCCCACGGCGCGUCCCCUCGCCACGGGGACCCCACGAGCAGCACCGGGCUGGGUCCUGCUGGGAUGGGGCACCCCAGGACAAGGCACUCGGGACUCAGCUCGGCUGCGGGACCACUGGAGCCCCCUCGCUGCGCCCUGCCCUGAGCCAACACAGAGGUGACACCCGGGCAAAGCCCUGCUCGUCCCCAAAGCCUGAGGAGCCGCGCAGCCCUCCGUGCUGAUCUUUGCACUGCUAGAUGCAGCCAACCCUGGCCACAGGAUGGGCCACGGCCGAGGAGACCGUCGGGACCUGGGAGGGCUCCGGGCUUCCCAGCAGGAGCUGUGUUCCUGCUCAGGAAUCGCUCUUUGCUUCCAAAAAGGGAGAGCUGCUCACAGAGCACGGCGAGGGAGCCGAGGAGGCUGAGCUCGCAGCCCCUCUUUUUGCUGUUUUUAUUUUUUUUUUAUUUUGGAAGCCGAGCCUUUCGUAAGGUCUUCCAACCGUUCUUUGUGAAUAAAGCGAGGCUGGGAAACAAA